CUUUUAUCACCAUUAUAUUCAUCCGUUUAUUCACCUUUUCUUUGUUGCUAUAGGAAAAUAGUUUUCUUAGCCAGAAUUUUCGAAGACGGAGAUAAUCUCCCAUUUGGUUUCAAUCUCCCAUUGUGGAUAGUCUUUAUAAACGUUGGUACCAUCUUUAUCGACAAAUAAACACACUCCUAUCAUCUACUGUAUUUGCAAACUAAAUGACGCCUUUUCAUUCGUUUAGCUGUUUAGUGAAAAAGAUUGAUCACGUCUCAAUGUUGUGAUUCACGCUAUAACAAAUACAAAUAUUUACAUUAUAAUAACCUGCUUAGCAGUUUAAACAAAUUUUGAUCCUAUAGACGAGACUACGAACGACUUGCGCCAUCUUAGCUGGACAUGUUUUGGUAGCAGGUGAACAGUGAUCUGCGUUAUCUAAACUCGGACGAAAAUCUACACUUCAAUGAAAAAAACCCGAAAUGAUACAGUAGCACUUAUUGUCACCAUGGUGAACGGAGCUGUUUACAGUUUGUUUUUUCUGAUUGUCAUCCAAAGUCCCCCCGGACGUUCGAGUUCGACGGUGAAGGCACACUAUUGAAAACCGCAGUAAACAUGGUGAGGAAACGUGGCACCAUUUAGCAACAACACCCAUUGAAAUUCACGCCAGAGGGCCAUCCCGUACAUCGACAUCCUCUCCUGGAAUCCUUAUUAUCACAUUGUUACCUUACCAGAUAACCACAUACUUAAGUCGCAUGAUGCGAUGCAGGCGGGUGAUGGCGUGCGACGAUGUGGGUGCUGUAAAUCGGAAGAGCUGAUGUGUAAUGCGCACCUGGAUCUAGCGUUCGUGACGAGUCUAUCAGCUCCACAUAACAACCCCCUACGGUUAUUGGACUAUCGCGUGUCGUCGUUUAUUCGUAGCGUCGUGCGCUCUUUUCAUAUAUCCUCGCGAUUUACGCGAAUUGGCUUCGUAACCUUAGACAGGACGCCAAAGAUUGUCUUUGACUUCCAAAGGUAUUCAUCAAAAGAUGCUAUUCUCCACGCUCUACACACAGUGGUACAUAAACACAAGACGAGCUGUACGCAUACUGGUAAAGCGUUACAUCUCGCACAGUCAGUGUUUACUAGCAAUGCCUCACGAGCAAAAGUACUGGUACUUAUCACAGAUCAAAGAUCCUGCGAUGACGUCAUGGCCUCCGUGCGGCGUCUAAAAAAGAUGAACGUUCGCAUCUUUACCAUCGGCAUCGGCAGAUAUUUCAACGGUCGGCAGCUUGAGCAGAUCGCUUCCAGGCCCCCCUCGGCCAACGUGUUCACAGCAGCGCGAAGAUUUCUUGCUUUUAUUCGGGAAAAGCUCGUUCGCCAUAUUUGUCUAGGAGUUGGUGGUUAUCUUGCUACACGAGAUGAGAGUUGUCCCUGCGAUAAAACAUCACCACAAGAUGACCUCUUCUCUAUCCACUAAAACAAGGCUCUGCGAUAAAACACCACCACAAGGCGACUGCCUUGUCUCUACCCACUAAAACAAGGCUCUGCGAUAAAACACCACCACAAGAUGACCUCUUCUCUACCCACUAAAACAAGGUUCUGCGAUAAAACACCACCACAAGAUGACCUCUUCUCUACCCACUAAAACAAGGUUCUGCGAUAAAACACCACCACAAGGCGACUGCCUUGUCUCUACCCACUAAAACAAGGUUCUGCGAUAAAACACCACCACAAGAUGACCUCUUAUCUACCCACUAAAACAAGGCUCUGCGAUAAAACACCACCACAAGAUGACCUCUUCUCUACCCACUAAAACAAGGCUCUGCGAUAAAACACCACCACAAGAUGACCUCUUCUCUACCCACUAAAACAAGGUUCUGCCAUAAAACACCACCACAAGAUGACCUCUUCUCUACCCACUAAAACAAGGCUCUGCGAUAAAACACCACCACAAGAUGACCUCUUCUCUACCCACUAAAACAAGGCUCUGCGAUAAAACACCACCACAAGAUGACCUCUUCUCUACCCACUAAAACAAGGCUCUGCGAUAAAACACCACCACAAGAUGACCUCUUCUCUAGCCACUAAAACAAGGUUCUGCCAUAAAACACCACCACAAGGUGACCUCUUCUCUACCCACUAAAACAAGGCUCUGCGAUAAAACACCACCACAAGAUGACCUUUUCUCUACCCACUAAAACAAGGCUCUGCGAUAAAACACCACCACAAGGUGACCUCUUCUCUACCCACUAAAACAAGGCUCUGCGAUAAAACACCACCACAAGGUGACCUCUUCUCUACCCACUAAAACAAGGCUCUGCGAUAAAACACCACCACAAGGUGACCUCUUCUCUACCCACUAAAACAAGGCUCUGCGAUAAAACACCACCACAAGAUGACCUCUUUUCUACCCACUAAAACAAGGCUCUGCGAUAAAACACCACCACAAGGCGACUGCCUUGUCUCUACCCACUAAAACAAGGCUCUGCGAUAAAACACCACCACAAGAUGACCUCUUCUCUACCCACUAAAACAAGGUUCUGCGAUAAAACACCACCACAAGAUGACCUCUUCUCUACCCACUAAAACAAGGUUCUGCGAUAAAACACCACCACAAGGCGACUGCCUUGUCUCUACCCACUAAAACAAGGUUCUGCGAUAAAACACCACCACAAGAUGACCUCUUAUCUACCCACUAAAACAAGGCUCUGCGAUAAAACACCACCACAAGAUGACCUCUUCUCUACCCACUAAAACAAGGCUCUGCGAUAAAACACCACCACAAGAUGACCUCUUCUCUACCCACUAAAACAAGGUUCUGCCAUAAAACACCACCACAAGAUGACCUCUUCUCUACCCACUAAAACAAGGCUCUGCGAUAAAACACCACCACAAGAUGACCUCUUCUCUACCCACUAAAACAAGGCUCUGCGAUAAAACACCACCACAAGAUGACCUCUUCUCUACCCACUAAAACAAGGCUCUGCGAUAAAACACCACCACAAGAUGACCUCUUCUCUAGCCACUAAAACAAGGUUCUGCCAUAAAACACCACCACAAGGUGACCUCUUCUCUACCCACUAAAACAAGGCUCUGCGAUAAAACACCACCACAAGAUGACCUCUUCUCUAGCCACUAAAACAAGGUUCUGCCAUAAAACACCACCACAAGGUGACCUCUUCUCUACCCACUAAAACAAGGCUCUGCGAUAAAACACCACCACAAGAUGACCUCUUCUCUACCCACUAAAA